GUAAAAAUAAGGAAACCCACAAUGGUAACAACAACAUCAGGUUGAGCCCGAUUAGAAAACCCUUAAUUUCGGACAACCAACAAAAUCCAGGUGCAGAUCCCCUCUAAUUCGAUCUGGAAGCUGCGUAACACAUGUGAAGAUCGUAGCUCUGCGCAGAGAAGAUAAUGAUUGAGCUAGAAGAUGAGCAGCAUCGUUAGCCUCUCGAAAGCAAUGAAGGAAUGAGAAAUUGGAACCGUCUGCAAUCCUUGUGUUGGGCUCAGUGAGAUGUUUAAAGGUUGGAGAAGAUGCCCGAAGUCGAAGGAGAGAGAUUGAUGCUAGAGAAUCCGAUUCAAUUUCAACAUCUUCGUAACCAAGCACCAAUAACCAUUGUACAACAACAAAAAUGGCUGAGAGUUCUGCCUCAAGGACGGACUUAGCUGCAAGGGGAAAAGAGCUACCAAACAAAAAAUUCCCAUUUGUGAUUCUCAAAAUAGCCCUACCGGAAGAAGAGUGACGAUUGAAAGCUGCGUCAACGUUCGGGAUCUUGAACUCUUGAAGUUAAUGGCGACGCAUGGUCACGCUGGAAGCGGCAGGUCGAACGUCCGGCAAGAGAAGCUUGACAAAGAGUGUGAGCUCAGGAUAGAAGUCAGCGCCGACACACCUCUCCGGCUUCGCGUCCUUAACGGCACUGCCGAAAUCUUCGGCACCGAACUGCCCCCUGAAAUUUGGAUCACCUUCCCGCCUCGCCUUAAAUUCGCCGUAUUUACUUGGUAUGGGGCCACAAUUGAGAUGGAUGGGCCAACUGAAAACGAGUAUACAGCUGAUGAGACUCCUAUGAUCAGUUAUGUAAAUGUACAUGCUGUACUUGAUGCACGGCGGGAACGUGCAAAAGCUUCACCAAAUGACUCUGGUACUUACCAGGGGCCUAGAGUUAUCGUUGUGGGGCCCUCAGAUUCUGGCAAGAGUACCUUAGCACGGAUGCUUCUUAGUUGGGCUGCUAAACUGGGGUGGAAACCGACCUUUGUGGAUUUGGACGUAGGCCAAGGUUCUAUAACUGUACCAGGUUGUAUUGCUGCUACUCCAAUUGAAUUGCCCAUUGAUCCAGUAGAUGGAAUUCCUCUUGAAAUGCCACUAGUCUACUUCUAUGGCCAUGUUAGUCCAAGUGUGAAUGUUGAUCUUUACAAGGUAAUUGUAAAGGAACUAGCUAAAACUUUGGAAAAGCAGUUUGAUGGAAAUGCGGAAUCUCAAUCUGCUGGAAUGGUUAUCAAUACCAUGGGUUGGAUAGAAGGGGUUGGUUACGAGUUGCUACUUCAUGCAAUUGAUACCUUCAAUGCUACUGUUGUCCUUGUCUUGGGUCAGGAGAAACUGUGGAGUAUGCUCAAUAACGUGUUGAAAAACAAGCCUAAUGUUGAUGUAGUGAAACUUCAAAGAUCUGGUGGUGUUGUGUCUAGGAAUGCUAAAGUACGUCUAAAGACCAGAGCCAAUAGAAUAAGGGAGUACUUUUAUGGUCAAUCAAAUGAUCUUUCUCCGUAUUCCAAUGUCUCAAGUUUCGGUGACCUGUCAAUAUUCCGAAUUGGAGGCGGCCCACAAGCCCCGCGUUCAGCUCUACCGAUUGGUGCAGAGCCAGCUGCAGAUCCAGCAAGAUUAGUUCCUGUCAACAUCAACAGAGACUUGUUGCAUUUAGUUCUUGCUGUCUCAUAUGCCAAAGAACCUGAUCAGAUUAUUUCCAGUAAUGUUGCUGGGUUCAUCUAUAUCACUGAGAUUGACAUGAAAAGGAAGCAAUUAACAUAUCUUGCACCAUGUGCCGGAGAACUUCCUAGCAAAAAUCUUAUAGUGGGGACGUUGGCUUGGAUGGAGAAUUGAGAUACCGCAUAGCAUGAUCAUCUUGGCAAUUUCAUGCUGUUUUUUUAGCUUCGAGAAAACUUUCUUGGUCAUUGUUUAUUGCAACAAAUGUAGUGUUGAGAAUUUCUAUAUAUGGUCAUGAUUUUGGUAUUAAAAAAAAAAAACAAAAAAAAAAAAGAAGAAGAAGAGAAGCCUUACAAAUAAACAUGAGGUAUUAAGGUAUUAGCUUAUAAUGCACUUAUUUCACUCUCAAGCUUGAAUCCCAAGCUUCUACACUUAUGUAAAGGCAAUUUUGUUUCAGUGAGCCCUGAAAGCUACUACGUAUAAAUUUUCUGCUUAGUGAUUUUUAAGUAGACUGUCUUUGCUAAUUAUUCAAAAAGUUGUUUUAACAACUACUCCGUAUAAA